AUGAAGACCCAAAAGAUCUUCUCCUGCUUCUUCCUCCUCCUCCUCUCCAUCCUCAUCAUCAUCACCACACUCUCCGCCGCAGCCCGGCCCGAACCCGAGUCCAGCAACGACGGAGGCGGCGGGUUCUUCGGGCCGGGGACGGGGAUCCCGGAGUUCGGGAAAGGGUACUGGGGAAACGGGCCGGUUAUCGGAGGCGGGUACGGGUCCGGGUUCGGGGGCCCAAAAGGCGGGUACUCGAAGAGCGGCACGUACAGGCCGUCCGUGGUCUGCAAGGAGAAAGGCCCCUGUCUCAACAAGAAGCUCCGCUGCCCGGCCAAGUGCUUCUCCGCCUACAGCCGCUCCGGGAAAGGGUACGGCGGCGGAGGCGGCGGCGGAGGGUGCACCAUGGACUGCAAGAAGAAGUGCGUGGCUUACUGUUGA